UUUGGCACACACAGCCAAGAAAGCACGUUAUGGACUCCGAGCUCCGAGAACCAAUAGAGAAAAUGCGGCCCUGCGGGUAAUAACGGAGGGAAAGAGAGAGAAACCCUGAUGAUAAUAGCUGAUAAAAUGAGCUUAUAAAGAAACUGAUAAAAACAAGUAGAGAUGAGUCUUCAGUUUUCGCCCGAGUUCUAUCAAUGUUUGUACGUUCAAUAAUGCUGCUUUUGUAUUUCGAAGAUAUACAACUUGGUGACGACGCCGUUCGUUCCAAGAAUGUGUAGAGAAAGUCGAUAAUUCCGUGUUUUUAUUGCUCCUUUUUUUAUAUAUUCGAUCUUGAAAAAAGUGUGCUCGACCGAGUUAUUAGAGGAAUUCGUUCGUCAAUAAUUAUCUCGGAGCUCGAAGUGCGAAUUUGCAAUGGAAAAUUACACUUCAGACUCGAGUGAUUCGGAUUCCAGUUCAAAGACUUUCGAUCUGUCUUACCUCAUGCUCGAUCCUGUUUUACUUAGCGAACAUAUUCUCGCUGCAAAAGACCCGGAAAACGUCGAGACUAUUUUACUAAAUCAUAAUCGCAUCAAUUGUAUACCACAGACUAUCGCUAAAUUUACGAAUCUCAAUACUCUCGAUCUUUCCAACUGCAAUCUUACGAGAUUACCCGAUUUUCUUGGCGAUUGUCCACUCACUUGUCUUAUUGCUAAACACAAUGGUCUCACCAACGCUUCUCUUCCCAAAAGUCUCGAAAAUCUUCCCGGCCUUCGUGAACUCAAUCUCAGUGGUAAUAGACUCACCGAAUUCCCGACACAAGUUUUGGAUCUUGUUGCUCUCAAAUAUCUUUAUCUUGGAGGUAAUCGUAUCACGGACAUUGACAAGGAUCUGUGGAAACUCCAGAAGCUUCAAGUAUUGGGAAUGGGUGGAAACUGUUUGACAGAAGUCCCGUCGACACUAGGAAAAUUGACCAGUUUGCAGGCCCUUGUCCUGUGCGAUAACAUGUUGGAAAGCUUGCCAGGAUCGAUAGCCAAUCUGAAGAAUCUAAAAUCUCUCUUGCUUCAUAAGAAUCGCCUCAAAACACUACCGACUGAGAUAAUAACUCUGAAAAAUUUGACAGAGUUAUCACUCAGGGAUAAUCCUCUUGUCGUCAGAUUCGUUUCUGAUAUGACUCACAAUCCUCCUUCAUUACUUGAAGUUGCUGCUAGAAUUAUCAAAACAACCAACAUUAAUUACAAUGAGUUUGAAUUACCAAGAAAUCUCAUUGAUUACUUGGACAGCAGUCAUCACUGCGUCAAUCCUAAAUGUAAAGGAGUUUUCUUCGAUAACAGAGUGGAACAUGUUAAAUUUGUUGACUUUUGUGGCAAAUAUCGAUUACCCUUGCUGCAAUAUUUGUGCAGCAGCAAGUGCAUUGAAACUAGAGAAGGUGAUGAAGAAGUUGUUAGUGGAGCAAUGAUUAGAAAAGUACUCCUCGGAUGACAUUCCAAACGUGUGACAAUAAUCAGAUUUAUCACAAGCUGUGUCAGCGUAUAAAUAUUAUACCAAAAGAUGUUUCUGAUACUCUAUUGUUUUAUAAUUCGAAAUUGUUGGAAUUAUUUGUAAUUGUUUCUGAUCCUCAUGAGGACAUAUGCUGUUGGAGAUCAUAGCGGAAAUGCCAAACGUAUUACGAAAUAUUAGACUACACUUUAUAAGCAAUUUGUUAUGAUUAAAUGAUAAAGAUAUUCGUUUA